GUAGGAGUGUUCGGUGCUCGUUGGCUGUCACGCGUCAUAGACCUCCCCCAGUGAGAUCUGUCACUUUUUUUUCUCCUCUGCUAGUGCAGUGCAGAAGAAAAGGGGAGAAAAGCAACAAAAAAGUAGUAGUUUUUUUUUUCGGGAAAAACAGACGGGGCGUAAUUUUGAACUUUCUAUUGCGUGUGAUGAUGACACACUACUUAGCUGCAAUUUAGUGAAAAUUCGCAAGUGAAUGGUACAUAGCAGGAAGCAAACUGCAGCUCGGUCGUCUCGGGUGUGUAAAAAUAUAACCAACUCAACACUUUUUUCUCGACUUAUUUUGAUCGGAGCUUCGUUCCAAGCCAGUAGAUUCGAACAGCUCACGACAUUUUUCGCGUCGCCGGAGUGAUAAGCUUGUGUAGUUUAGGCUGGGCAGGACGACGGAGGCGAACGAUAGUGCGGUGAUAGAGGCUUGGGUGUUUCAAGUGAAUAAUGAUAAGAUGCAAGUCGUGCUGAAACGCAACAGCAGCAGCAGCAGCCGGAUCUUAUCAGCCAGCACCUCCGCAGACGUGUGGUGUUAAAUUGACUCGCCACUCGACGACCGCACGAUGUCAAAUUGAGAUUUCUCCUUACCGUUCCGGGACGGUUGUUGUUGAUUAGGGUAAAUUGCGGUUUGGGUCGGAUUGUGGCAGGACAUUUCCGAGCAGGGCGAUGACCAAUGACGAUUGGUAGCAGAGUUUGGUCGGGGCCCAGGGGACCCAUUGCGUGAAGUACUGAAAAAGGGGCUUUUAAUUACGAGACUAGAUCAUAGCAACGCAAGUGCUGGGAAGGCCCAUCAUUAGGUGACGAAAGUGGCUUUCUUUAGUGUUGAUGGAAGCAUUUCGAGACAUUGUUUAGUUUGAUGGUGUUAUUUUAUUUCAUAGCAAGCUGAGCAAAACUGCUGGGCCACACUCUCGAGCUCUAGUUUUAUUAUCACUCGCAGUAGCCAUAGCGUGCGUUGCGUUGCGAGGACCAGCCAGCCAACCAAGGUGUAAACAACUGUGCUGUCAAAAGUUCUCCUGUGAAAUUGGAGAGAAAGAGCGAUCUCGUUGUGAGAGGAAGAGAGUACGUUUGCUGCUGUAGUGGUGGUGUUAGAAGUGACGUUUCCGAGCUGAUUGAUACACAAAACGCAUUGUGGGUGAACAUAGUUUUUGUUUACCAAUUUGGAAAGUGGAAUUUUACGCAAUUUUAAAGGGAGAAGUGAAAAGAAACAAAUAGCCAGUGAUUUCCUGUUGUUAAGAGAUAACAAACCAUCGUACGACGGAGUCUGUUCGAGAACAAACCUUUGCUGGAAGUCUAAGUUCGUAAUAACUCCACGGGUUUAAGAUCGUUGUAACUUUAUCGUGUGCGUUGCCUUUCGCCAGGGAUCCACAGGGUCUCAUAUUAGCAUUGCUGUGAACGGGAUGCACCACAGCCGCUAACGGCGACGCGGCAAUUUGCGGCCGGUUGAGCUUCGAGAUUGUCGACGGUGGCAUACCGUCGGCGGUUACCGGGUGGAAACGGUAGAUGCUGCCACACCAUCUCCGGCAAACGGACCGAAUCGAUGCGCCCUCGAAGGGCACCGCCAACGAAAGGCUAGGCGUAGCGGAAAUUGGAUCCGUCGGAGGAGAUUUGUUCGCCACUCCGAAUCGAAUUGAAGGUAACGGCCGAGGCUGCUCUCUAUGUCUGACACCGACAGCAACGGUAGUGUUGGCAAGGGAAGAUCCCAACAAUCGGACAAUAGCCGCAGUAGCAGCAGCAGCAGCCGAAACGCGACGACGGUGGGUGCUCCUCGGCAAGAUGACGUGAAUGAACUCGACUGCGAAGCGACGAAACUGAUUGGACCACUUUUACACAAUCAACAAAAAACCCAAUAAUCGGCCUCCCGGACGACGAGACGAACCCGAUUCGCUGCCUGGGAUUUUUGCUGACACGGUCUGCCUUCGAUGAAGAAUUCGCUACGAAACUAAAAAAAAAAAGAAACAAAACAACAUUUACGCACAACAACACAGCACGGACUUACACCGAGCACUAGUUUUUUUUUGAUGAAACAGCUAAAGGACCAGAAAUUCAAGCUCAUCAGAAUGCUGACCCGGAGAAAUUGGCUGCUGCGGUGCAGCAUCCUGAUCAACGUGGCCGUGCUGCUGUAUCUGUGCAGCCAUGUGCUGAUCGGCGGCGGGAACUUUGCCCUCGGUCCGGCCUAUAUCAUAUCGGAUGAGUCGAUGCUGAAAGCGCCUCAGACCGCCCAGUACCGGACCCACAUUCCAGCCCACGUGGCCCAGCAGCAGCAGCAGCAGCAGCAGCAGCAACAGUCGUCCCGGCAGGAGGAACGGGAAGCGCUGCUGCAAGCAGGCCGCAGCAGUGUGGUGGUCAAGAUCCAGGAGGACGGGAUCAGCGUUCAAGAGGUUCCCCAACAGCAGCAACCGCAGCAGCUGCUGCAACCACAGAAUCAACAGGACCAGCUGCUGCUGCUGGACCCCGCACGAGAUGUAGAUAACACUAAUAAUAACGUAAACUUAGAUGAUAGACGAUUCGAUGUGCCAACGGAAACCAGCAACAGCAACAACAACAAUAAUGGCCCAAGCGGGUCGAACAACAAGAUUGCCGACGCUCUUUAUCAGGACGCGGCAGUCGUGGCAGGCGCCGGAGCUGGUCUCCUCAAUGCUAGUGAUAUCUUCUCGACUACGGCGUCGAUCGAUCUCGAUGCGAAGCUAAGGUCGUUGCUGAACUGUCACGAUCGUGACUACGAGCCGUACAUCGGCCAGCGGGGUGACUUCUGGGUGCUGAAGAACUACAUCCGCGCCGAACACGGCGAGCUGCGUUGCCAUGAAACAAUCACCUACACCACACAUGCCGACUACACGUUCCUCGACAAUCUGAUACCACUGCUCGAGAGGUGGAAUGCCCCGGUCAGUUUAGCGAUGCACGCGCCGGGCACCGACUUUGCACCGACGAUAAGUGCGAUCAAGUAUCUGCGCGACUGCCUGCCGGAGAGUCAUUUAGUCCGUCAGUUUGUCACGUUUCAUAUUUAUUUUAGUAGUAAACAUAUUCCAAAAAACGUUCCUAAAUACGAUAAAGUGCUGGAACAGCCCAGCAACUGUACGCUACCGGCGCCGUACUUCAACGUGUCCAGCUCGCAGCUGUACAAGACACAGAAGAAGCUGCUGUAUCCGGUCAAUGUGGGGCGAAACAUUGCCCGGGAUGCGGCGAUGACCCACUUCCUGCUAGCUAGUGAUAUCGAAUUGUACCCGAAUCCGGGCCUAGUGCAUAAGUUCUUAGAAAUGAUAGUUAGGAACGAGCCGGUCCUGCAACGCAAGAACCCACGAGUUUUUCCACUAUCGAUAUUCGAGGUGGACAGCAGUUCGCCGGUUCCGCGGGAUAAAACCGAACUGCAGGAACUGCUGCGAAGCGGAAAGGCGAUAUCAUUCCACAAGCGGGUCUGUUCCAGUUGCCACGGCGUCCCCAAGUCGAAGGAGUGGAUCGCUGCCAACGAAACUGACGACCUGGGCGUCUUUCACAUAGGCAAACGGGUGGGCUAUUUUGUCCACUGGGAGCCCAUCUACAUCGGUACCCAUGCCGAUCCCCACUAUGACGAACGGUUGAGUUGGGAGGGCAAAAGUGAUAAAAUGACGCAGGGUUACGCCCUCUGCGUGCUGGACUACGAUUUCCACAUCCUGGACAAUGCGUUCCUGGUGCACAAGCCGGGCAUCAAGGUGCUGAAGAAGGACCCGAAGCGGGCCAUGCUGGCCGCCAAGACGAACCAGCUGAUCAAGAAGAUCAUCUACCCGGAGCUGCAGGUCAUGUACGGCACCCGGAAAGGCUGUGCUGUAUAGUUGAAGGGGAAACCGACCCAAUAGUAUAAGGACCGUAGCCGUAAGCGAACGGGUGGUGGUGGUGGUGGCGGCAUUGCAGCAGGAGGUAUCACGACGAGCAACCGCAGCAGCAACGAUAAUGGUAGCAGCCGGGAGCUCGCUUUUAGUACUUUCGGUGGUGGUGGUGGUGGGGUUGGUUUCAAACCGGACGACGUUUCGGGGAUGUCCGGGCCUUCGUCGUCUUUGCUUUCCUCGUCCUCCUUGCUGGCCACGGCCGGGUCGGGUUUUCUGCUGAACUUUCGCGAGCGGCCGCACGUCAGCAGCCGCCGGAAGAAGGGCAAACGGAAGGGAUACGUAAGGCGACGGUAAGCGAAGCGAAGGAAUUGGUUUCCUUCUGUUUGUUUUUUUUUUACUACCUACACGUGUAAGGACGAAUGAAUGCGCGGUUCGGAAAAACGGCGAGGUUAGUUGUGGAUUGAAUGUAAUCGUAAUCGUUUUAGAGAGAAACUAUCAGGAACGAGCGGAUGAAUAAUGCGAGUCUUAGAUAUGUAAGCUGAAAAGUGAUAUACCGUAUUGUCGUAAAACAUGCUUUCUAGUGUUAGGUGGAAGUUAGGAAGGUUAAGCUAAAUGCUUUUCGCUGUCGUAAAACAAUUUAAGGGACGAAAAAUAAACAAGUGAACAUUUGUAUAGGCACAGACAAGAGACACGCUUCACAAGAGGUACCGUUUUCCUGCUAGAAUGAGAAUAUCGGAUGAAAUAAGCGAAGCAAGAUAGAGUUGGAUAUUUUUUAACAACUUUUACACUGAGAGAAAGAAAUAUGUUAGGAAUUACACUAAACAAACGCAACAUGAUUACACACAAUACACCCAAAUUUACUAGAGCAGAAGAGAAAAAAUGAAAAUAAGUGUUACCAUUUGGUGAUUCGUAUUGGAUGUUUCGCUAUUAUACUAAGGACUGUGCGAGCCUUUCAGGCUCAGCACAUUUCUGUUUCAAUAAAUUAAUGGAAAAUUCAGUCAGUAGUAGCCAAAGUUGCACAUAUUCAACCGUACUAGGAAACUGCCUUCCUUCCUUAUCGUUAUCGGACGUUGAUUUGGGGUUGACUGCUUCAGUCGGCUGGUUUCAAGAUGAUGAACAAAAAUUGUUUCAUGACGGCUUCAAAAGCGUGUCUUCAUUCAAGCAAUUCAACAGAGUCUCAGAGAGUCAACCAGGAAACAACAAACAACUUUUUGAUUCGCCUUCUCCUAUUGCACACAGAAAAUCUACCCGGAAAUUCUUCGUUAUCCAAAAACUUUCCCGUUUUUCUGAGAUGAGUGCCUUAUUGUAUUGGAAAAAGUUUAAAGGAAAAUACAUUAAAACACAUUUUGUAACAGAGAAUUUCGAGCAAGAGAGAAUAAUACUCGAAGAAAAACAUUCUAUUCGCGCUAGAUUUAAGAAAUAUCACAAUUCAACCGGUCAUAAUCUCAUGAAGUAUCCAUUCACACCAACUCUCUCGUUCUCAUUGACAAGAGAACCCUACUCGCAAGCAUGAAUCGAAUCGAGCAAAGAUAACCGCAUUAUUCGUUUAGCCAAACAACUGUCAUUUUAUUUGUAAAUAGGCUGUUAACCAGCGAACGAAGCGAUCCUCAAACCUUUAAAGAUUUGUUUGAUGCUAGUAUUAUUUAUAGGGGGCGUGGCCUUCCCGUCCCCCCUAGAACAAAAGAAAAAAAAAAACAAGUGCUCAUUUAAAACCGUAUUACAACACUACUGUAUCAUAUUAGACGCUAUUAAGUUUAGUUUUCAUCACGUCUUCGUUUAAGUUUAAGCUAAAAGUUACGAAGAAAGGUGAUAGUUUUGUUUUGCUUGUGUUAGUGUUCAACUAUACGAGUCAGGUAAAAUAAUUCGAUAACUGUAGUAACAACAGUCACUAAGCGCAAAAAAGUUCUAGUAGAAGUUUUAAAUUAUAGUUAACUAGCAUUUUUUUUCGUUGUUUGAGGUAGAAUUCUAAACACUGACAGACAACACUGUAUAGUUACUAAAGCGUAGAUCUAAACUGAUGAUGCUGCAUCGCAAGAAGAGCAGGUUACACGAAGAAGGCUAAAGGAUUAACCAGUCAAACGGCGUGAGCGUCCAAAUAUCAAUAGAGGGAUUUUCUAGAAAGUACAGAAUAUUUCAUAUCCAGCAAAAUUACCCAAUAAGUUUAGCUACCGAAGCAAGGAAAGAAAACCUUACGUAAGACUUAUUUAUUACUUUAUCCAGCGGAGCUAGCGCUAACCAGCAGACCAUUUCCGUCGGAUUCGAGUGUCUGUUUUACUGUUUUUCCUUCGUUGAAACGAAUUCAUACAAGCGCGAGAUCUAUCAUUAGACAUCACGAUUACACUCUAGUUGAGAGACAUAACAAAAAAAAAGAAGUGUCUCCACCACCCAUAAAAGAACACACUACUAGUAUGAAAAUAAACAAAACUAAAAAAAAAUGAUGAAAAUAUCUGUGAAAAUAGUGAGAAAAAAUAAAAAAACAAACUAAAACACUAAUCUUAAGAAGUCGAACAAAAACACAACACAAAACGCCCAACUCUUUUUAGGUGAGCGACUACCAAGAGCAAACCCUGGAAAAUAAAUGUAUUUAAUUU